ACCCCGCGCGGCAGUGGUGUCUUGGCCGCGGUGGUGAGCGGACGCACGCACCUCUGGCUCUGGGAUCCCUCCCUGGCCUCUCCCUACCUCCCUCACCUCCGAGCCUCUCACAACACUACGACAAUACCGACUGCUGUUGCUUCUUGUGGACUCAGGAUGGCAUUCACGGCCAAAUCAAUAGACAUUAGAUCAAGAAGUCUUCAGUGUGGGCGGCGCAGGGAAACUUGUGCUACUCCGAUAGUAUAAUUAAUUCUGUUGAAAUUGAGCCGUGACUGAAACUAUCCCGAGGAGAACUUUUUUGGGGAGGGGGUUACUCCUACCUCCUACCUACUUCUGGCUCCUCUAUCUUUUACUACUACAACGACACGACUUCAAGAAAAAAUAUUCCAAGUGGAGGAAUAUCCGGCGGUAUACAGUAUUUCUAAAAGGUAGUGUGAUAGUUCUGUUCGGUGAUCGUCCUCCUGGUAAGAAAUGGAGAGACGCUCACAGUGAUUGAAAAUUAAAACCUGGUAAAGAGUGAGAGAGCUAAGAAAGAAAGAAAAAAGAGAAAAGAAAAUAAGGAAAGAAUAAAAGUGGGAGGAAAAAUUUACUUCACAUGCUCGAUAAAGGACAUAGUGUGGCCUCCGGGAACUCGAGUGGUCCAGUAAAUGCAGAAGAAAAUACGACUUGACGGGCACAAGCCAAAGACACACAUUUCAGUGACUUAAAGAUACGUUUAAAGAAUUUCCCAAAGAAAGGUGGAGUUAAUCUCGAGGACGAUAACGCUGGGGAAAAUCCGCGGCGAGUGUACGAGAGCCGGGAUUGACAACAACAAAAACUAAACAAGCGAAAAGAAAAUAUUACCCAAAUCUUCAGCUUGUAAUUAAGAUAGAGAAGGAAAGAAAGGUUAUAAUCUGUGGACGAUAUCACAGUCGGGAAAACCAAGCGGAGGAAGAAGCUGUUGAGAAUAAAAGGAACUAAGUAAAGUAAGCGAAAUUUGGAAUUAAAGAAAUAAAAAAACGCUUACGCCUCUGUACUCUCGACUAAGAGUAAUAAAAGACACGUUUCUGUGAUAGAGAAGAAGAAAAAAAGAGUUUAAUCUGUGGACGAUUUUACUGUAGAAAAAUCCCAGCGAGCGGAAGGAAAGAGUGUAGCUUAUCGUUGGCCUCAAGAUGUGGGUCUCCGGCGAGAGUUCAUGGAGCGUCCGUUUCUUCCUCCUGCUGGUUCUUCUGCAUCUGAGCGGCACCCUCGCCUACUCCUACUGGGGUCAGCACAGAGGGUCAGGAGGCUUCAAGCACUCCAACCGGAGGAACCUUGGCAGACACCGGCGGAAGGAUGCGCUACUGGCGGCUGAGGUGCCCUACUUCGACCCUACCUCCCCUACCCACGUCAAGGCUCAGCUUGGCUCCAGUGCUUACCUUCCUUGUAAGAUUAAAAACCUCGGCAAUAAAUCGGUGUCAUGGGUGAGGAAUCGGGACGCCCACAUCCUGUCAGUGGACCGGUACACCUUCAUUACAGACGCCCGGUUCGCUGCCUGGCAUGAAGCUCUCACCAACACAUGGACGUUGCAGGUGAAGUUCGUGGAGGAGAAAGACGCUGGCCGCUACGAGUGCCAGGUGUCCACUGAACCUAAGAUGAGCCACUUCGUCCAGCUCACCGUUAUCACACCCCGAGUGACCAUCCCUGCGGGUUCAGAGCUCCAUGUCCGCAGCGGCAGCACAGUGACCAUCAAGUGUGUGGUCAGUCAUGCCCUACAUCCCCCCAGCUACGUCUUCUGGUACCACGAGGACGCGCGGGUGACAGAUAACUCAUGGGCGGGGGUGGAACAAGUGCCUCUGAGGCGGGUGUCCUCCGAGGCUUCCGUAGCUUCCCUCACCAUUAACUCCGUCAGUCACACCCAUGCCGGCAACUACACCUGCGCUCCCGCCGCCCUCACGCCCGUUUCUGUCAUCCUCCAUGUUCUCAACGGCGAGCGCCCGGCAGCCAUGCAGCACGGCACCAGCCCAGCUGUACGCCCACACGUCUACAAUGUCAUCACGCCCGUCGCCGCCCACUUCUCCUCCCUCCUACUGUCUAUCUUCUAUAAUGUCCUGCACCGGUGAUGGCAACACUUGGGGUUUCCUACUUUGUAAAGCCUGAUUCGCUUCGUCUUUUGUAUUAAAUGGUGCAACGAUGUUUUGUAUUAUACACUGUAUGGACAUACUAAUCUUCCUCUUCCUCUUUUGCUGUAUAAAUAAUGUGGCUCUGGUGACGGCUUUGAAACAGCCCCUCUCCCCAGAUGAUAUAUUUUGUGUGUAUGACGUGAUCUCCUUUUACGAUGUUUGUAUAAAACUUGUGUCUCGAAUACUUCCAAUACCGACUCAGACCGGCGACUUUCUACGGUACAGCCACCAUCAAGGUAGACAAUAUCCCAGACUCGUUAUAUUUUGUCCAGCAUGCGCGCUCUAUAUUGUACAGUGAUCAUAUUCUAGUGACCGUGUGUGUGCUUGACGAUGCGUGGUAAACAUGCCAGAAUACUCCGUUGGUUCUGUUAGAGAGCAUGCGAGCAUAUUUUGACUAUUCUAUCUCCAUCUCCAGCAUAUGCAGGAACCGCGGAAGCAUAUUAGCAUACACCAACUAUUCUGGCUCAAUCUCCAGUGCUGUACGGCGCCAUGGGAGCAUAUUAGCAUACCACAAUUUCUGUCUCUGUCUCCAUCAUGUCAAAAUCAGUGUAAUAAUGCCUGGAGAUCACACUAGCAUACCCCAGACUGUUCUAUCUCCUCCAUCAUGUGUGAUUCGCUGUGAUCAAGAAAUUAAGUGUUGAUAUUAACCAGUGAGAUAUACCGGUAUAUACAGUCUAUAUAGAUCAUACUCAUGUUGUUAUCGAAUGAACAUAAUGAAAAUACCACUGAAAACUGACUCAUUGUGUGUUGACCUAAACUAGAGUGUGGUGGACGAAAAAUGCUCACCAAGGAUAUGUAGCAGACAGCAGAGGGUCAGAUGACUGAACGAAUGUUUGAUUUAACCUGAAGAAACAGUAGAAAACUAGCAGUUCAUUAGAGAACCUGAACAGAUAAUGAGUAUUAAGUGGAAGGUAGUGUUCAGUUAAGAGAAUAUAAGACAUGCGGUGUUCCCCAGUACCUGAAGUGGGUUAUGUGAGAAAACGGGUUCAGUAGCAGAUAUCCACCGCUGAUACGUGUAAGAAACAAGACGUUCGGUUGGUGUACGGCAAAACACGUUAAACUCAGUUUCUUGCUUAAAACAGAGGCUUAAUUAUAUCCAGUGGUACAGUAGGAACAAAUGUUUACUCGAAACAUAUGUCUAGACGCAAAUGUUUAACUGAGGUAUGUAUGAGAGCAGAUAUUUGGGGGAUGCAAUUUCAUCAGGAUUAUGUGUUAGAAGCAGAUGUUGAGAUGAUAGGUUCUGAAGAAGCAGGUGUUCAGCUAGUAGGUUAAGAAGCAGGUGUUCAGCUAGUAGGUUUGGCAAAUACAGGAGCUCAGGUUAUAUAUCUGUCGAGAGACAUUCAUCUGACUGAAGACUGUGGCAGAAACAGAUGUUAAGCUAAGAAAUGUAGUGAAAACAGGUGUUCGUGCGUCAGACAGGUGCUUGCCUGGAGUACCUGACAGAGACAAAUGGUCAGUUUGAACAUGAGUAUAAAAUCAAGUUCACUCUGGUUAUGUGAUACAAACCAAUAACCACGUGGAAUAGGUGAGGCAACAGGUGCUAAAAUGGUUAAUUGGCAAAAAACAAGAGUCAGAAAGAUUGCAGAUAAGUACGAUUGUCACUUGUUAAAGAAUGGAAUACGGUGAGAAAGUGUACAGAAGCACAAUAUGUACAUAGAGCAAAAUAUAUAUAUAUAUACUGUAGACAUGUGAUGUUUACACUGAUGUCGAUAGAGCCACAAAGUGUUGGUCACAAAGACAGAGGUCGUCGGCUGUAGAUAAAGAGAAAAUGUCGACCUGGAGGGCAGUAAGUGACGGCCAGCUAUGGUAAAAAGAGUCAGCCUCAAAGUUGAAAAAUAUCGGCACCAAAAAAGGGAAAGUUUCAGCCCUAAAGAUAGAAUGUAUCACCUGCAGAGAACAGGCAGGAAGAGAAAGUGUCGACAGCUGACGUAAGGCACAAACAAAAACGUUGGCUGCAGAGGGUGAUGGAUAGAACAGCAUCGGCCAAAGAAGGAUGUGAUAAAAACGUCCUAAAAAACAAAAUCAAACAAAAAAUAAAAGGUCUCUAGUCGAUCUCCGUAGAGUAAAAAACUUCGCUUCUCAGUAUGUCGAUAAUAUUUGAGGACACUCUUAUGACCGCUCUGUCAACUGUUAUAUAUAUUAGGCUAAGAUGUAUGUUCUAACCGAGUACCUUUUUAACUGGAUUUCAGGAGUUUUCUGAAGUUCAUGGAAAACGCUACAUUACAUUGUGUACAUAGACAAGAUGUAACAAUAAAUGGAUACUUUUGUGUA